AUGCUGGCUGCAGUGCCUGAGUGGGCCAUGAGCGAGGACCGCAGUUGCCUCAAGAGGUUUCUCGUUGCAAAGAACUUCACCACAGCCAUGAAAUUCUUUGAAGCCGUUGCCGACAUUGCCGAGGAAGAAGGACACCACCCUGACUUGCAGCUGAGGGAUAAACGCCUCGUGGAAGUCUCAUUGUCGACGCACCCAAUCCGCGGGGUGUCGCUCCGGGACUUUGUCGUCGCCAGCAAAAUCAACGCGGUGGAAUUGGAGUACAGUCCCAAAUGGCUGAGGGAAAGGGAGGAGGAGCAACAGAAAUGA